AUGGAGCCACAAAAGAAACAUGAAGGAAAGCCCGAGUCCUCUUCUUCUUCUUCUCAGCCUCAACCUACUUUGGCACCAGACAUGGACACCAAGUCCACAAUGAUUCCCACAACUUCAUGGUUUACACCAAAGAGGUUGUUGGCUAUAUUUUGUGUGAUUAACUUGUUAAACUAUUUGGACCGGGGAGCAAUAGCAAGCAAUGGUGUUAAUGGAAGUCAAGGAACUUGUGAAGGUGGCACCUGCAAAUCUGGAACCGGAAUACAGGGGGACUUUAAAUUGAACAAUUUUCAGGAUGGAGUUCUAUCGUCUGCUUUUAUGGUUGGGCUUCUUGUGUCUUCUCCAAUAUUUGCUUCUCUAGCAAAGAGUGUAAACCCAUUUAGACUUAUUGGAGUUGGAUUAUCCAUUUGGACUCUUGCAACCUUGUGUUGUGGUUUCUCUUUCAAUUUCUGGUCCAUUGCAGCCUGUCGCAUGCUAGUUGGUAUUGGUGAGGCUUCAUUUAUAAGUCUUGCAGCACCUUUCAUUGAUGACAAUGCCCCAAUUUCAAAGAAAACGGUGUGGCUUGGUACAUUUUACAUGUGUAUACCAGCAGGAUAUGCAGUUGGCUAUGUCUAUGGUGGUUUGGUUGGAAGUCAUCUUAGUUGGCGAUAUGCAUUUUGGGUGGAAGCUAUAUUGAUGUUUCCGUUCGCUGUUUUGGGAUUUGUUAUGAAGCCUUUGCAAUUGAAAGGUUUUGCCCCUACUGAUUCAGGCAAGGCACCGGCACUUGAGACAGCUGUCUCAGAAAUUCAAGAUGUGGAUGCUUCAAAUGGAAGAGAUAAAAGCACGCAGGAACCUUCCAGAAGCGAGUAUGCCUUCCUAGCUCUUUUUGCUGUUGGUGAACUACUUGUUUUUGCCACUCAGGCUCCUGUGAAUUAUGUAUGUCUCCAUUGUGUUAAACCAAGUUUGAGGCCUCUGUCUAUGGCUUUUUCAACUAUUGCUAUUCAUAUCUUUGGAGAUGUACCUUCCUCACCUCUUGUUGGAGUUAUUCAGGAAUUUUUUUGCACAGUGUGGAUAGAUAUAAUGAAGAUAGUGAGCCUGAAGUAUCAGGCAUGGAAAGGACAAACACGGGACCGUUGGUUGAAGACAACACUGCUGCGGCAACAUCAAAAUCUGAUCAAUCACAAAAAUCAAAUCAACUCUGGUAACUCUGGUAAGUCUGGUAACACAGUUAUUCUGGGAUGA